GAGGGUCUGGGCGCCAUUAUGAUUUGGAACGUUCGGAAUUUGUUGACUUCCAAAUGAUACAGACAGUGAGUCAAAGCUUUGUUGAUUGAAAAGUCGAGGUGGUAGAAGGCUUCUGGGCUGUUUGUUUAAAGAAAAUAAAAUCUGGGCACAUUUUAUUCGCUUAAAGAUUUGAAAAAUGGAUGACGUGUUUUGUGGGAAGUGCAACAAGAUUUGUUAUGGAGAAGUUCUCUUUGCAAGGGAUGAAUAUUUUCACCAAGAUUGCUUCAAAUGCAAAGCUUGCUUGAAAGAUCUGAUGACCAAUGGAUUUUACAGUUAUGAAAAUGAGUUUUACUGUUCCCGUGACUACCAGAAGCUUUUUGGAGUGAAAUGCACAGCUUGCGGGCAGUUCAUCGAAGGUGAUGCAGUCUCUGUCUAUGAUGACUCAUUCCAUGAAUCAUGUUUUGCUUGUGCCAGUUGCAACAAUGCAUUUGCCCCUGGUGCUAAGGUUAACAUGCAAGGAGAUGACUAUCUUUGUGACAAUUGUUUGCCAGGAAGCCCAAAGGACCAGCCAUCACCUGGUGCAGAAGGAGCUUGUGCUGGUUGUGGCAAUGAAAUAAAGACCGGCCAGGCAUUAUUGGCAUUGGAUAGCCAGUGGCAUCUUUGGUGCUUUACAUGCAAUAAAUGUGGAUGCCUCUUGUCUGGAGAGUAUAUGGGCAGGGAUGGCGUACCAUUCUGCGAGAAGGAUUACCAAGAUGAAUUUGGCGUUUCUUGUGCUGGAUGCGGUGGGUACAUCACAGGAAAGGUUUUGCAGGCUGGUGAAAAGCACUACCACCCACAGUGUUCCCGUUGCGCGAAAUGCGGACAAAUUUUUGGCGAGGGAGAAGAAAUGUAUCUUCAAGGGUCAGAUAUUUGGCACCCUGAAUGCAGUGACGAGUAUCAAAGAGAGGAGGAAGAAAAUGAGCGACUGGCAUAUGAAAGGGAACAAGAGGAGCUCGCGAAGCAACAAAGAGAGAAAGAAGAACGAGAGAAGUCCGAACGUGAAAUAAUUGAGAGAGAACGUGCUGAAAAAGAGAGAGCUGAACGUGAGAAAGCAGAACACGAGAGAGCUGAAAGAGAACGUGUUGAACGCGAGAGGGCUGAAAGGGAACGAGUCGAACGUGAAAGAGCCGAAAAAGCCCGUGUCGAACGCGAGAGAGCUGAAAGAGAGCGUGCCGAACGCGAGAGAGCUGAAAGGGAACGUGUAGAACGCGAGAGGGCUGAAAGAGAGCGUGUCGAACGCGAGAGAGCUGAAAGAGAGCGUGUCGAACGCGAGAGAGCUGAAAGAGAGCGUGCCGAACACGAGAGGGCUGAAAGAGAGCGUGUUGAACGCGAGAGAGCUGAAAGGGAACGAGCUGAAAGAGCAAGAGAAGAAGAAAGACGUGCGAAAUCAACAUCACCUGAAAUGCAAAGAGAAUCGCCGAGAGAAAACUCGCUUCGAAGUGCGUCCCCUGCAGAUACUCUUGCUUAUUCAGCCAAACCAUUCGGGACUCAAAAGACAAUGCCAUCCUCGAUAUCAAUCAAUUUCAAACCGAGAACUACCGAUUCUACUGCUGGUAAAUGGAAACCCCCGGAAACGAAGUCAUUUGAGCCGCCGAAAACAACGCCAACUUAUCGCCCGUCGCAGUAUUCCCGAAUGGAAGUCAAAACAAUGACAACAACAACAACAACAGCAAGAAGGACAGAAUCCAAAAGCGACGAAUCUGAAAGAAGUCUGUCUCCGCCCGCAAGCAAAGAAAAUGCGCAGCCCCCCGUCGUGAAUGGAUUUCAAAAAGCAUCCUCGUUUAGCAGCGAUGAAGGUGGACCUGCCCGACCUCCCCCUCCGCCAACUAGAGGCUCAAGUCAAAAUUGGAAGUCAAGAAUUUCAACGACCUCGUAUUCUGUGAAAAGAGCCACAAGCCCACCUACAUCAGAGGAAUCUCCUCGGGAACACUCUUUUGCCCCAGUGGAUGCCGAAAUCGAUGUUAGAUCUGCAAAUAGGCCAUUAAGCUACAUCGAGUCUGCUUCCAAACGAGACGAUUCCCGAGUAGAACCACCAAAGCAAUCAGUAAGCGUGACAAGUGUUUCCAAGACAACCGAUGAUGCAGUCCCGAGUGCCAUAUACAGACGUCUACCUAACAGAGACAGAGAUGCCAUGAGAGAAAACCGAAAAUCUUUACCAGCAAUGCCAGAUUACACAGCAAUGCCAGAUUACACCGAGGGUUACGAGAGCGUCCAAAUGAGAGACAACGGAAUGUCUAGGAAUCAAACGAAUGCACACCAUCGACGCUCAUUGCCAUCGCUUGAUAAGUACGAAAACCAGGAAAUUAAAGCAUCAACGACCUAUCCUUACGAUGUUUUAAAAAGCAGUAAUUAUAAAAUGCCGAAGGAAAUUGACAGAUCACGUCGGGAGGCCUACCUGACAGAUGAAGAUUUCGUGGGUCUGUUCAAAGUCGACCGAGAAGAGUUCUACAAGAUGCCUGCCUGGAAGCAACGCGACAUGAAAAAGAGAGUCUCAUUGUUCUGAAGAAACAAUGUACAUCAUAAUCAUCAUCACCUAGCAUUGCACGAUUGUAGUUUUAACUGUCAGAUUAACCAAAUGAAUUUGCAAUUGAAAUAAGACUGCGCUUUUAGACCAGAUUUUGAAUAGGGUGGGGUUUUAAGCUGAGGGGUUAAUGCACUUGAUAUCUACUUUAAUAUUAGCAUUGUUUUACCAUCUAUUAGGCAAACGUUUUGGCUAGGAAGAUGACCGAUUCCACGACUCGGUUGGCUCAUUCAACCAUUAUAAUUCAUUUCUUACUUUCCACCUUGUCUUCGUUUGUUUUUCUUAUUCUCAGUCUUUGUGCAGUAAUAAAAAGGCUCAAGACUUGAGUUUUUCAUUGUCUAUUGUUUUUCAUGUACCGAAAAUUCCGUUGAGGCAAAUUAUACUGUCCUCAUGUUAAUUGCUACAAAGAUAAAAGUAGAACUAUUUAGAGAAGUUUUAUCGUUUUUAUCAAUUCAAUCUUCAAAUCCUGAUCUGACCCAACUCCUACGUGUUUCGCGUCAUUCGUAUAGCACCAAUAUUCUAGCAUACUGCUUUUGUAUACUUUUCACGAGUUUGGUAUAAAGUUUGGUAAAUUUGGCCACAUAGGCACUGUGUCGUUUUAUGUCUAUUUAAAUGAAGGAUUUUUAACAGGACUUAUUCUCGCUGUAGUUUUCGUAGCUUGUUUUUGGUAGAAGCUGCAUAAAAAGCAAAGCAACGAUAGUGCCAGCUAUAAAAUCCCACGCGUCAUGUAUUAGCUUAAUCAUUUUAUCAUCAUUAAUCGUUUCGUUAUCAAACAAUUUAUCAUAUGCAGUCAUUUGUUUUCUUUGUUCAUUUAUUGAAUUAUGUAAUGUCUGUGUCCUUCUUAUCUCCAAUUCUUCCUCGAGGCAAAUAGCUAUACGAUAAAGUAAUUUCUUGCUUUCUAACUAAACUGUGACAUUCUUCUAGCAACGAAUUGUACAUCUAAAUGGAACAAUUCGAGCGUUGGUUUUAUGUUCGUUGGCUUUGAUAUUUGAGUGUUCUUAAAACUUCAACCUUAAACAAUCAUACCAAUAUUGGAGAUAAGAGGAAUAACAACAAAGAGAUUUGUAUGUCUGUGACAAAACUAGAUGUAGGUUUAGUUUUUAUUAUCUUAUCUAACUGCUAAUGCACAGCCUGUACACAAAACCAUUUUUAGAAUUUUUACUACUUGGAACCGGAAAGUGCGUCGUGAAUUACCUCUGAAUGUAGAAAAUCAGCAAAAUUUAAUUUCCUCAAGUCCUAGUUAUCCGGGACACCACUUAUCUGGAUUCAACUGUAUUUUCAUAAUUUAUGAUUUGGCAUUUUUUUUAACAGGUUGGUUAACUCGAAUACCUCCUCGUUCAAGGGUUGAAAUUCAUUGAACAGGUGAAAGUACAGGUUGGCCAGGACCUGGGCAUUGCGAAGAAAGGAUGAUCUCGCUUUCAAUGCGAGAUUGAACCACACGUGUCAAACAAAUUGAACAAUGCUAGAGGACAAAGGAACUCGGCCCAGACCUCGACGUGGAGGCAUUUAUUUUCUUAUUAAUGGUGGGUGUCAUGGCCGAAAUAAAGAAAAUAAUGAAGUUUUCCAUAUUAUUUACCGUGUUAUUUUUAGAGGCUUGCUCUGCAUUGUAUUUUCACAUGGGAGAAACCGAAAAGAAAUGUUUUCUAGAGGAAAUUCCAGAUGAAACUAUGGUUACUGGUAAGU